AUGGAUGAUAUUGAUGACUUGAUCGAAGAGAAGAAUUUAUCCGAACUGCAAAAAAUUGUUCUCAAUGGUGAUUAUUGGCGCAUCGAAAAUCGAAUCUUUCCACCGUUGAGCCACAAUCUUCAGUGCGUCCUGUCGAAUCUUUUCAUUCGAACAAUGGGCAUACAUCAAGCGAUUCGUGACAACGAUAUCACUACACUGAAACAGCUGGUCGAUGAUUCCAAGCUAGCAUGUGCACGUGAUGACCGCGGAAGAACGCCAUUGCAUAUCGCCAUUCUGUUGAACCGUAAAGCAAUUUGCCAAUAUCUGCUGCUGCUUUAUCCCGACAUCAUCAAUCAGUCAGAUAAG